AUGUCAUCAACUAAUACAGAAGAUAGUACAUUUAACAUUCUAGAUGUCGCAAGACGUCUGCGAAAUGCUGAACUAAACUUAUCGGACCUUGAGAUCAAUGAUUCUCAGGCCCUCAUACACAAACUAUUUAUAUGUUUGGCUAUGACUAAGGAAAAGUUGGACUUAAAGGAUAGUGAAUACAGAAAUGCAGCAUCAGCAAAAAUCCAACAUUACAACGAUUUUACAAAUAAUGAAAGAGAACAAGGCACUGAGAGAGAACAAUUUCAACCUCCAACUACAGUUAAUGGACAGAAAGGACAACUCUCCCUCCUCCUCAUCCUCCUCAUCCACCCUCAUCAACACCUUGUCCUCAGCUGA